AUGAAUUACAGGAAUUAUAGCUAGUGUCGUGGGGAUUAUAAUUAUCCUCUCAAUGGUUGGCCUGGGGCUAUUGUGGAAGAAGAUAACAGAAGAUGAUCAAAGCACGGAGGCCAUUAUUAGAAAUUGCGGAUCGCAUGCUCCACAAAGAUAUAAAUUUUCUGAUGUUAGAAAUAUUACAAAAUCAUUCAGCGAAAAACUUGGUCAAGGAGGCUAUGGUAAUGUUUACAAAGGAAAACUGCCCAAUGGUCGUCUUGUGGCAGUGAAGAUCUUGAAAAAAUCUAAGGGCAAUGGAGAGGAGUUCAUCAACGAGAUGGCUAGCAUGAGUAGAACAUCCCAUGUAAAUAUAGUAAGUCUUCUGGGUUUUUGCUUUGAGAGGAAUAAAAGAGCUUUAAUCUAUGAAUUCAUGUGCAAUGGAUCUUUGGAUAAGUUUUUAUAUGAUGGAGAAUCUUCAACUACAAAUUGCAAUUUGGAGUGGAAAACACUUUAUGAAAUCGCAAUUGGCAUUGCUAGAGGACUAGAAUACUUGCACAGAGGUUGUAACAUAAGAAUAGUACAUUUUGAUAUAAAACCUUACAACAUUCUUUUAAAUGGAGACUUUUGUCCAAAAUUUUCUGAUUUUGGAUUGGCUAAACAAUCCAACCAGAAAAACAGUAUCAUGUCAAUGUUAAACACAAGAGGAACAGUAGGAUAUAUUGCACCAAAAAUGUUCACUAGAACCUUUGGAGGAGUAUCUUAUAAGUCUGAUGUCUACAGUUAUGGAAUGAUGAUUUUAGAAAUAGUUGGAGCAAGAAAGAAUAUUGGUGUCAGGAUAUCACAAACAAGUGAAAUAUAUUUUCCAGAUUCAAUUUAUAACCUUCUUGAACUGGGUAACGAUUUUGGACUUCCAGGUGUUGUCACUGAAGAGGAGAAACAGACAGCAAAAAAGAUGAUACUGGUGAGCUUGUGGUGCAUUCAAACCAAUCCAUCUGAUAGACCAUCAAUGACCAAAGUUGUGGAGAUGUUGGAAGGUAGGCCAGAAAAUCUACAAAUUCCACCAAAACCUUGUUGGUCGUCCCCACCAAGAUCCCCCAAACUUUCUUUGCUGGCAUCUUCGUCAACACAGCUUGCUUCAGAAUGUGAGUGAAAUGUAUUAAAUUUUGAAAA